UGCACACACCCGUCUUCUAUAUAAACCCACACGAUGCAGUGAAUCAUCAAGCAGUCUGUUCGCCAGUAGCUUCUCGAAAGCAAAAGGAUUCAACACGUUAGCCUUACCAUGAAAACUGCCACGUUCUUCUUGUUCGCUGUCUUCUUGGUUGCGGCUGAAUGCGCUUCAGUUGCCUACACCAACAGCCGAUUAGGAAAACGGACUCCUGUCAGCCGGAGUAGCGUUUUCUUCAACAAAGAUGGCACGAACGUCGCGUACAGCAUCAAUCACAAACCGAGUGCAGGAAUCGAUGCUUCCGUCUCCAUCACGCGUAACGUUCCCGCCCGUUCUGCAGUUCCAGUUCCUGCCAUUAGAGUCGCACCUGCCAUCAUUCCGCGUCCAGUUUCAGUCAAAGCUCCAGUGGAUCUCCCCGUUCAGCUGCCCUUUUACGCUCCAGUACAUGCGCCAGCCGUGCCCGCCACUCAAGUCGUUUUAAACGCUCCUGUUGUCCAGCAGAUCAAUCCGAUUUCCGUUGGUGGUUCACCUGCCGUUUCAAACGCAUAUCCCGUCGGUACUGCCCGGAACCCUCCCAUUCCUACUCCUUACAAUACCGUGCAUCCCGAAAAGGUUCCAGGCGCCUAUCCGGUCGGUAUGGCCCGGAACCCUCCCAUUCCUACUCCUUACAAUACGGUGCCUCAUAACAACGAUGUAGAUGCUUACAGAAUGGCUGAUCCUUUCGCUUUCGGACCUCUUCCAUUUGAACUGAAUCAUCCCAUCACGUUCGUCACAGGAUUUUAAAGUUGAAUGACGUCAUUGACUGAAAUUGCACGGCCAGAUAAAUAC